GCUAUAUUCACAGGGCAUUUCCUUUAAAACAUAUAAAUAACAACUGAAAUGCCAAGAAUAUCAUCAGAUAUGGAUUUAUACAGAAAUGAUAUCAAUGUGACUGAAGUCACCAUAUUUAUACUGAUGGGCUUCACAGAUGAUUUUAAAUUACAAGUCAUCUUAUUUUUACUAUUGCUAGGAAUCUAUCUUCUCACUCUGAUAGGGAAUUUAGGACUGGUUGUAAUGGUAAUAGUGGAUUCUCAACUCCACAAUCCCAUGUACUAUUUCCUCAGUGUUUUGUCAUUCUUAGAUGUCUGCUAUUCUACAGUUGUUACCCCAAAAAUGUUGGCCAAUUUCCUGGCAACAAAUAAGUCUAUUCCAUAUGCUGGAUGUAUAACACAAAUGCUUCUCUUCAUGACAUUUGGGACCAAAGAAUGCUUUCUUUUGGCUGCAAUGGCUUAUGACCUCUAUAUAGCCAUCUACAACCCACUUCUGUAUUCAGUGAGCAUGUCACCUAGAGUCUAUGUGCCCCUCAUUAUUGCUUCUUAUGUUGGUGGCUUUUUACAUGCUAUUAUACACACAGUAGCCACAUUUAGCCUGUCCUGUGGAUCCAAUAAAAUUAGACAUAUAUUCUGUGAUAUACCUCCACUACUUGUUAUUUCUUGUUCUGACACUAGCAUGAACCAGCUUCUACUCUUCUAUUGUGUGGGAUCUAUUGAGAUAACCACUAUCCUCAUUGUCUUAGUCUCCUAUGGUUUCAUUCUUUUGGCCAUUCUGAAUAUGAAUUCUGCUGAAGGGAAGCAAAAAGUGUUCUCUAUUUGUGGUUCUCACCUAACUGGAGUGUCCAUUUAUCAUGGAACAAUCCUCUUCAUGUAUGUGAGACCAAGUUCCUUGGAAAAUGACACGGUAGUGUCAAUAUUUUACACUAUUGUGAUUCCCAUGCUCAAUCCUAUCAUAUACAGUUUGAGGAACAAAGAUGUAAAAGAGGCAAUGAAAAAAUUCUUUCAGAGAAAUUGGCUUAAAAAUAAAGUACAUUUUCAAAUUUGA